AUGGUAAAACCUCAAGACAGAUUCUUCUCCGAGGGCCAAUGCUACUUCGAUCCAAGCGAAAACCCCAGGACCGAAACUCGUUGCAAUGUCUGGGACUGGGAUCGUCUGCCGAUGGUCAAAGUCAAAGGCACUGCCAAGCUGUUCCUUCCUGACGAGAACAUCGAGAUCCAAAUUUUGGCACAGUUCGCUGAUUACCUGUCCUCGGAAGUUCGGGCAAUUACUGUCGACGAUAAUGGGCUCCUUACUGGCGUCUCGACCGAUCCGGAAGAGGAUGAUACUCUAUUUGAGCUUGAUCGACUUGGACCAGGUGUUGAUCUCUUAACAUACAAAGACGAACUCGGGAUUACUCAAAAAGUCGCCUUCAAAUUCAACCCCCUGGACAAACCACGACGAGUGCAGAUGGCCUGGGACGAGCUCAAUCUUCUCAAAAGUCUACCAUCACAUUCAAUUAUCGUACCCUUUGAUCGCGUUGUCCUCGAAGAUGUCGAAUCUCGGGUAAUCGGAUUCACAACGAAGUACAUUUCAGGCGGAACACUCGAUAACAUAAAUAUUCCUUUUCGAUUUAAAUGGCUGAAACAGCUUACCCAACUCGUGGAUUUCCUGAACCUAGAACUGGGAAUCAUGCAUCAAGACAUUGCACCUUGA